AUGGACCUCGCCGCGGCCGCCGACGCCGAGACCCCCGCGCGCCCGGGCGCCCCCAGCUGGCGCGGCUGCCUGCGGGGCCUGCGGGGCGCGCUGCCGCCCGACGGCCUGCGGGGCGCGCUGCCGCCCGACGUGCGGCGGGAGGCGGCCGAGCUGGCGGCUCUCGCGGGCCCCGUGUUCCUUGGACAGUUGAUGAUCUUUCUGAUUAGCAUCGUCAGUUCCAUAUUCUGUGGACAUCUGGGGAAGGUCGAGCUGGAUGGUGUCACGCUCGCUAUAUCGGUCGUGAAUGUUACUGGGAUUUCGGUUGGAACUGGCUUGGCCUCUGCUUGUGACACGCUGAUGUCUCAGUCCUUUGGAGGCAAGAACCAAAAACGCGUGGGGAUCAUACUUCAAAGAGGAAUCCUCAUCUUGAUGCUGUGUUGCUUUCCCUGCUGGGCCAUCUUCAUCAAUACCGAGCGUAUCCUCCUGCUCUUAAAACAGGACCCCGAAGUCUCCAGGAUAGCCCAGAUGUAUGUGAUGGCUUUUAUUCCUGCCCUUCCUGCGGUAUUCCUGUUCCAGCUGCAGACGCGAUAUUUACAAAGUCAGGGCAUCAUCAUGCCUCAAGUUAUUACUGGGAUUGCAGCAAAUAUCAUCAACGUGGGUAUGCAUGCCCUCCUGCUCUAUGCCCUGGACCUUGGAGUACUAGGAUCUGCCUGGGCAAACACCACGUCCCAGUUCUUCCUGUCUGGUCUUCUUUUUCUGUACAUAUGGUGGAAAAAAAUCCACAUCGACACUUGGGGAGGUUGGACUGGGGACUGUUUCCAGGAGUGGGACUCCUACAUCCGGCUGGCUGUUCCCAGUAUGUUCAUGUUGUGCAUCGAGUGGUGGACCUUUGAGAUCGGAACCUUCCUUGCAGGACUGAUUAAUGUGACAGAACUUGGAGCCCAGGCCAUCAUUUAUGAACUGAUCUCUGCAGCCUACCUGGUGCCCCUUGGCUUUGGUGUGGCAGCCAGUGUUCGCGUGGGCAAUGCUCUGGGGGCCGGGCAUGCUGAGCAGGCUCGGCACGCCUGCAUCACCGUUCUCCUGUGCGCAAGUGUUGGUGCACUUGUAGUGGGUAUUUCACUUGCAGCUUUGAAGGAUGUGGUUGCGUAUGUAUUUACCAGUGACAAAGAUAUUGUUUCCCUUGUGAGCCAAGUGAUGCCUGUUUUUGCUCCCUUUCAUCUAUUUGAUGCACUUGCAGGCACCUGUGGUGGAAUCCUGAGAGGUACAGGAAAACAAAAGAUUGGCGCUAUCUUGAAUGUCGUUGGUUAUUAUGUGUUUGGUUUUCCCAUUGGAGUAUCUCUGAUCUUUGCCGCUAAACUUGGGAUAAUAGGUCUCUGGUCUGGAUUGAUAGUCUGUGUCUUCUUUCAAGCCGUUUUCUACAUGGUGUACAUCUUCAGGAUAGACUGGAAUCGAGUGGCAGAGCAGGCACAGGUUCGAGCUGGGCUGAAAGGAAUUAGAGAGACCGCGCGUCCCCCGACAGAUCUACCGAGCCUGAGUAAAGAAGUAACCGAUGGAGUGAUUUUACCUGAUGUCAUCAGACCGGAGAGCCAGACCACCCAACUGAUGAUAACUGAAGAAAACAACCAGAAUGCAAUGCCCACCAUUGGAGAUGUUUUGACAAGGAGCCAGUUGAUUUUCUAUCGGGGAAUAGCUUUAGCUGGUGCUGUAGCUGUUCUUUUAGCAGGAAUUUUAACAAGAGUUUUCAACGACCGUGGCUAAAAUAGAGUUAUCGCCACCAACGCCUUAUAUGAAGCAUGGGAAGUGACCUUGUCAUUUAGACAGUGGUUCCACUCUCAACUGUGGGUGAAAGGUUAUCGCAGAUGUUUUCUUAGUUAUUCCAAGAAUCUGCACUAUCCUCUUGACGAUUAAGAAAUGAGUUAUAAUUUUAAGUAAAUUUUUCUCCCAAAUGUUAAUUCUAUCAUGGCUUUUAAAUCUGUAAAUUUGGUUUUCCCUGAUGUAAGUGUUCUUUACUCUUUCUUGUAUUGAAUAUCUUUCUUUUUCCAGGAAAGCAGUUCAUUGUCCUCUAAAAUUAAUCGCUGAUCUAGUUUUGUUUUUAUUUCUCUGUUAAUAUGUUUAAUCUUGUCAGUAAGGGUAUAUUAAGUGCCUCUUCCAGUCCUAUUCAGGUAGUACCAUAUAAGCUUUUAUAAAAUAAACACCUUAA